AUGAAUUUCUUCAAAUCCGUCUUCUCGGACGACCCUGAUCCUCCAGGAACCGAAUCGGAGUCCGAUUCACCAAAACACAGCGACGAGCACGAAAAUCCGGAGCAAUCUAAUCCUGACGACGACGGCGGAUGGAGCUUCGGUGGUCUGAUGAAAACCCUAGCCACCAGAUCCGAAACCGUGAUAGAAACCUACCGACGAGAUCUCGAAGAAUUCGGGACAGGUUUGAAGAAGGAGAUCGAAGUGGCGCAGGGAUCGCUUGGCACCGUGGGACAUGCCAUCGACGAACUUGGCAACACCGUGCUAAAAGGUACCGCUGAGAUCAUCGCUCAAGGUAAAGAAGCGAUAUUAGCUGCCGGUAACGAAUCUGAUUCUUCUGAUAACAAUAGCAGUAACAGUUUCGGUCGUCGUGAUAGCUUUAGCUCGAAACCCUAUAGUCGUUUCGAUGCUCAGGUUCGCGCUGUUCAAGGCGAUCUCAACACCUACUGUGAAGAGCCUGAGGAUUCAGAUGAUUACAAAAAGUGGGAAUCUGGGUUUUCUCUGGGUGAUAAAGCUGAGGAAAUGGAGAACUUGCUUGAGGAAAAUGGAGAUAUGAAAGGUGUGUAUAAAAGAAUUGUCCCGAAUACGGUUGAUCAUGAGACCUUCUGGUUUAGGUAUUUCUACAAGGCUCACAAGCUCAAGCAAGCUGAAGACCUGAGGGCUAAUCUUGUGAAACGAGCCAUCUCUCUUGAUGAUGAGGAAGAAUUGAGCUGGGAUAUUGAUGAUGAAGAGGAGUCUAGCGAGAUAGUUACUGAAGCUACCAAAGAAGUUUCAAGAUUGAAACUUGAGGGGAAUGAUGAUAUGGGUAGUGGAGAUGUAAGCGAAACUGUGAAAGAUUUAGUGGCUGAAGUGAGCAAUGUUGGUUUGAAGACAGAUACAGAUUCGGAGGAGAAGAAGGAAACUGGUAAUGAGGAAGUUCCAGAAUCAAAAACAGUUGUUGAUGCUUCUGCUGCUUGUGCAUCUGAUGAGGCUCCGAUUCAAGCAUCGGUCAAACCCGAGGCUGUUCCUGAAUCUGAUGAGACUGCUCCUCCCCAAGACUCAGCUAAACCAGAUGGUGUUGCUGCUUCAUCAGCUCAACAACCAUCGGAAGAGGAUUUGGGAUGGGACGAGAUUGAGGAUAUGAGCAGCAUCGAUGGUAAGGAAGCGAGUCGAUCUAGUGGUAGUCCAAACAGAGCUGAGCUGCGUAAACGUCUGAGUGCUGCAGAGGAAGAUGAAGACUUGAGUUGGGACAUUGAAGAUGACGACGAAGAAUCAGCAUCAUCCUCCAAAGCUUAA